UUCGAACGGUCGGGCCGUCGCCGGAUGGGACAGUGGGGAGUUGUUGGCAAGGCUGCUGCGGAUGGUAAUCAAGACACCACUGGAGGAGUCGCUAAGGAUGAGCUGAGUUGAUUCUUCGGCUCCGUCCUUUCGGCGCCCACAAAAUUUCUGGUGCGGUGGGGUCUCAAGACCUCAAUGAAGCCAUCUGUGUUCUGCCGUCGCCUAAGGUGUUCUGGAGGAGCAGGGUCUCCAUGCUAAACUUUGGUCAGCAUGGGAAAAAUGGAGCCCAACUAUCUGCUAUUUUCUCAGAUGGACAAAUCGCCGAGUCUCAUUUGAAGACGUUGCUAAUGCAAUUAUGCAUGCAAUUAUUAGUACAUCCAGUUAUCUCCUACGUAGUACUAAUUUUUGGGAAAAUUUCUUAUCUACUAAUUUAAAAUGUCAGCUUUGACACUACUGAAUUCUACCUUCAAGGAAACAUAACAUCUGUGACUAGCAGUCGGAUUGCAUCAUUACCACUCUGCCAAGAUCUGUGAGGUUACUUUUAAGAUUUAACAUUUAUUCGAACUUCCAAAUUUAUCCUGGUUGUUCUUCACUUCUUCUGUUCGACUUCAUUCUUUUCUCUAGUUGGUCUCAGUCUCUCAGAUACCUAAAAAUUAGGUAUCAUUUAGGUUUCAGCCACAUUCCAGUCUGUAGGAUAGGCCCAUUAUUUGUCUGACUGGUCAUACCAAUAACAAAACCUCAUCCAUAAGCGAAUUCAAGUUAGUUUGAUUUUUCCUCAAUUUUCCUGCUUUUGGCACAUAAGUAUUUUUUCCGGUUCUGAUUUCAAGUGAGAAAGGAUAUAUUUGUGCAGAGCCCAAGGCUUGAGGCGUCCAGGAAAAGCUAUUGUUCGUGUUGAUAUACAGAUUGAAAUAUUUGAGAUCGACAGAUCAUAACUAUUCGAUAUUAUGAGAAAAAGGAACAGGUUGCGCAUCUAUAACACUAGUACUAAGACUAAUGUAUGAUCUUCCCCGUUGCCUGCCAAUCUUGCUGCAUUCUAGAUUUGUUAGAUGCAUAGGAGAUACCAAUUCAAGAUUGAGGAAUUCAUUGCAGCGAAUUCAUUAUAUUUCGUCUUUUCUGUUCCCACAUGUUCCGGUUUUUGGCUUUUUACUAGCAUGCUCAUCUUUAUACAAAUUGUGAGAAAAAUGAUAUGGCGGGCGUUUUGACCAUUUGAAAUCAUGAAACAUUGCUGAGCCAAUAUGUCCAUCACAACGGAAUCAUGAUCCCAGAGUGAUUUAAUUGGCUUUUGAGUAAUGAACUAAUGUUCAAUAUGUUUUUCUUCUCAAGAUAAUAUGGCAUGCAUUACUACCUCUUUACUGGAUGUUGUUCUUUUGGAUUGCGAUGUUGAGCUUUAGUUGUGGCUCAAGACUAGGAAUAGUGUUUGCCAAUGAAGAAUAUUUCUAAUGAUGUUUGGGUGUGCAACUAAUCCAAUGUGAUAAACAAUUGUGACAUCAUGUUGGCUCAGUUUCCAGUUGUUGAACUGUGCUGUGCUGAAACUUAUUUUGUAAGCUCUACGGAACAGUAGUUGUGACAAGUUGACACCCUGUUGGAAAACCAUAUUAUGAUCUGCCUACCGCCCAAAUAACCAAACUGAAAUUUUACACUCAUCACAUAGUUGGUCACAGAUCUUGGCAGAGUGGUAAUGAUGCAAUCCGACAAUUAGUCACAGAUGUUGUGUUACCUUGAAGGUAGAAUUAGUAGUGUUUUACAAAGGUACAAUUCGUAUUUGUCUGUUAGCCAGACAUCAAAUUUAUUUUCUCUGAAGCAUUUCAAAACCAGGUAGACAAACUGUAAAAUACGAAAAAUGGCACCGUCAAUUGGGAAUAUAAUAAUUAAACGCACUGCCAAAUGCAGCCACAAUCUUUCAGUCUUUUUGUAUCUUGUUCAGAUUGGGGGCUUGAAUCUUGAUUGUACUGUUGAAACAAGGCUAUGAGUGUUUGGUAUUUUUUGUAAUUUGUUAUAAUUAUAUUAUCCUCUUCUGCAAAAUUCAUACGUUCCUAGGAAAUUAGUAACCGUCCAAUAUAAUCUAGAUACAUAUAUACUGCUAAUAUCCCUAAAGUUAGAAGUAAAUAAAUUGUUUCAUAAGUAUUUUUCUGCUAUUCACUGCUUGCUUGGUCUGAUAGUCAGCUUGUCACUUUCCUGGUAUUUUCCAGUCCGACUUUUCAUAGGCCGAUAGUGAUAGUAGUAGGAACCAUUCCACCACUUCAAUCACGCAGUAUUGAAAAACAGUGAUCUGUUCACACUUCUCUUUCUCUCUCUCUCUCUCUCUCUCUCUCGAUCGACAGGAUUAGACUGGAAGGUUAGUUUUUGUUCAACGUAAAUUUCUCUCCAUCUUCUCCACCCAAUCUUAUGGCCUUUGCGGUAAGCAUGCAUCUGCUUCUUGUCCACUGCAUCAUCAUCUUGCUGCUGAUUUCCUGGCCCUUCAGGUCUGUGCUUCUCUGCACACCUGUCAGUGUUCUUGCCCCUGGAAUGAGACUCACUCCUGGCAAAACUCUCACAUCUGACCAAGGUUCGUUCGCCUUAGGCUUCUUUUCCCCCUCAAAUUCAACUCAAAAUACGUAUGUUGGCAUAUGGUUCAACGACAUCCCCGUGCACACCGUCGUCUGGGUUGCCAACCGUGAUAACCCGAUCACCGAUGCUUCAUCUGCGAUGCUUGGUAUGACCGACAACUCCACCCUUGUGUUAUCUGAAAGCAGUGGUCAGCACAUACUCUGGAUCACAAACACGGUCACUGGCAGCAACUCAUCAGUCAAACUUCUCAACAAUGGCAACCUUGUAGUGCUAUCUUCAGAUGGUGCCAUGUUAUGGCAGAGCUUUGAAAACCCAAGUGACACUGUGCUUGCUGGCAUGCCUAUGCGGACGACCCACAAGACGCGUCAACCAUGGCGGAUGGUCUCCUGGAAAGGCCCUGAAGACCCAUCAAAAGGCAGGUUCUCUGGUGGGAAUGACCUUAACAGCCCCCUACAGUAUUUUGUCUGGGAUGGGUCAGUGCCAUACUGGCGUGCUGCAGUAUGGACAGGCUAUGUAUACUCCAACAUGGGCCUCCAGACCGUUAGUUCACUUUUGUAUAUGACGAUUUACAAGGGUACUGACGGUGAGUCCUAUGCAACAUUUGGGCUAUCAGAUGGCUCCUCCAGGAUAUUGUACAAGAUUGACUACUCCGGAAAGAUGGUGCUGUUGAGAUGGAAUACCAGUUUGACAGAUUGGACCCCCAUAACACCCUGGCCAGCUUACCGGUGCAAUUUCUAUGGGUACUGUGGUGCAUAUGGCUACUGCGACAACUCAGUUGCAAUUCCCGCAUGCAAGUGCCUUGAUGGAUUUGACCCUAUUAACAAAACAGAGUGGGUCACAGGCAAUUUUUCUCAAGGUUGCCGGCGGAAGGAGGCACUAGAGUGUGGUGGAGGAGACGGUUUCUUGACCUUGCCGGCAAUGAAGGUGCCAGACAAAUUCCUACGCCUGUGGAACAAAAGCUUUGAUGAAUGCACAGCAGAGUGCAGCAGAAAUUGCUCAUGUCUAGCGUAUGCUUAUGCUAAUCUAAGCACUAGUAACAUUGAUGGGGAUACAACAAGGUGCCUGAUGUGGACUGGGGAGCUGAUUGAUGUGGCGAAGGGUGGCGACAUCGGCAACGAAGACCUGUAUCUCCGUCUUGCAGGCUUGUCAAGCAAAGGGCGAAUGAGCAUCAUAGUAAAAGUUGUACCAGCAAUUUCAGCAAGUCUGUUGCUGCUACUUUUAUUGGCAUGCGUUGUAUGGUUCCACAGGUUUAAAGGCAAACAUGACGAGAAAGGACGUCUGAAAGUGUGGGAUUUGAGUAUUACUGACGGACUCGGAGACGAAACUUGUGAAGUUCCAUUUAUUAGCUUUGAGGAAAUAGUCGCUGCAACGGACAACUUCUCUCUGUCCAAGUUACUUGGACAAGGUGGCUUUGGCAAAGUUUACAAGGGGCUCUUACAUGGAGACAAGGAAGUUGCUGUUAAAAGGCUGAGUAGAGGUUCUGGGCAGGGGGCGAUAGAGUUCAGGAAUGAAGUAGUCGUAAUUGCUAAACUGCAACAUAGAAACCUUGUCAGGCUUGUUUGUUAUUGUGUGCAGGGCGAUGAAAAGUUACUUAUUUAUGAGUAUCUGCCAAACAAAAGCUUGGACACCUUUAUUUUUAAUUAUGAAAAUAAGCUAAUUCUUGAUUGGACGACACGGUUUAAUAUAAUAAAAGGAGUUGCUAGAGGAUUACUCUACCUCCAUCAAGAUUCAAGACUGAUGAUAAUUCAUAGGGAUCUCAAAACAAGCAACAUUUUGCUAGAUGGAGAUAUGAAUCCCAAGAUAUCUGAUUUUGGCAUGGCAAGAAUCUUUGGUGGAGAUGAACAACAAGCGAAUACUAACCGAGUUGUCGGAACAUACGGUUAUAUGUCUCCGGAAUAUGCGAUGGAAGGCCUCUUUUCUGUUAAGUCUGAUGUCUACAGUUUUGGGGUAUUGGUCUUGGAAACUGUUACUGGUCUAAGGAUUAGCUCAACCGAGAACACCAAGGAGUUCCCCAACCUUAUAAUAUAUUCAUGGAGUCAAUGGAGAGAAGGUUUGUCAAAAGAUCUGGUGGAUCCAUCUAUUCUCGAGAGCUGCUCGACUAAAGAGGUUUUGUGUUGCAUCCAUGUUGGGCUCUUGUGUGUUCAGGAUGACCCGGAUGCUAGGCCAGCCAUGUCAACGGUUGUGUCAGUCUUGGAGAGUAGAAGCACACCAACUGCAACACCUGAUAAGCCGCUGUAUUUUUCUCACAGAAAUAAGAUGGCAAAGAAACGAGGCUACAUUCAUGAUUCUGUGGAUAGGAGGACUCUUACAACAGUUGAGGGACGAUAAUAGUUUAAAGCUUUUCACAGAGCAAUAGCAGGAAUUGCACCGAUAAGACUUAUCUUCGUUGCAAUUUUCUUUUCCUGGGGUCCUGUGUGUGUGAAAGUUCUGAUGCCUUGUGAAGUGUUUCUUCGACCUUUCUACGUUUGUUGUACUACCUGAAUUUGAUGCUUAGCCGAUACGUGAAAUUAUCUGAAGAAAAUAUUACUCUUCAUUUUUAGAGCAUCUACUUUCUUAA